CCAAGCCAGCGAAAACGAGAACACGGAGCCAUCUCGAUAAUGUUGAAACGUCACCAGCAUUUUGCUAGCCUGUAAAGCGAGCAAUUCAAUCCGUCAGAUAGCACCUAACACGAACUCGUGAAAAUCGAAAUUCCUAAACAACUGCCACUGAAAGUGGGCAUCAUCGCAAAGUGUGGACUGCGUCACUUUUGGGCCGGAUUUCGAAAAGAAAUCCGCGCUCUCGUAAUUCUCCCCGAACGCCCAUCUUAACCCGCUUCUUGCACUUCUCGUUCGCCAUCGUCCGUCGAUUACAUAUUUCGGCCUGUGCCGAGUGGUUGUUGCCACGACCCUUGCUUAAAUGCGACUCUUUCUUUCGCUGCGGUCACCCCGCGGACGCAUUAUAAGCGACGCAUGAAUUUUUAAACACCUAUUUUGUCGCGAGACUUCUCCAUUCAAAUUAUAUCGACGUUCAACAUGGCGCUCGAAAGUGUCGAAAGCAAUUAUAUCCCCGCCGACGACGGACUUAUAAAAGCUGGAAAGAAUGACAGUGAUGAGGAGGAUUUGGAAGACGGAGAAAUAGCAGACGAAGAAGAGGCAGAAGAAGGUGCAAUUGAAGGACCAGAUGAUGUUGCGGAGCAAAUUCCAAAGAAAUCCCAGACCUCUAAUCAAACCCAUCCUGAUCAACAAAAUAGUCCUGUCAAAAGAGGAAGAUCUGCUCAGCCUGAGUUUGAUAGGAGGUCACCCAUCGGAAGACAUGAGCACCAAAAGCGUAGAAGAAAACGCCCUGAAAAGGUUCGAAAUAGGAAAAAACGGCAGCACGAAGCGCCUCCUGAGCAGCAUCAUGAUAGAUUUUCUCAGGGGCCAUCUGAGAGAAAACAUUCCCCACGUUUUGGCAGAGAAGAUGACGCUGGUUUUGGGUCCGACGAAGAAAGUUUCCAAGCGAGGAAAAAGAAACGAUUGGAGCCCGCUGAGUUCCAACGAGGUCACCAAAGGCCUAGCACUGAGAAAAGAGACAAACUUGCCCAACAGCACAACAAACGCUUCCCUGAGCAUCGGAGAAAGCCGUGUAUGUUCUAUUUGCAGGGGAAAUGCCACAAGGGCGAACUUUGCACCUUCUCUCAUUCAGGCACCCCUGAACACAAAAAUGAACUGUGCAAGUUUUACUUGAUGGACUGCUGUGCCAAGAAAGAAAAAUGCUUAUACAUGCACUCCGAGUUUCCCUGCAAAUUUUUCCACACUGGCAUGAAAUGUUACUCCAAAGAAAACUGCAAGUUCAGCCAUGAUCCUUUGACUGAGAGAACAAGAGAAAUUCUGCUCAAGCAUAUCGAAACAGCGCCUAAAGAAAUAUUAGGAGAAUUUCCGCAGCUUCCAAGGAAUGAGAUUGGUGAAGUCGUUCUACCAACAGCAAUCCCACCUCCUGAUACAGAUGGAUCAAUUCCAUCGCUAUUCGAUAUUAAAAUCUACACUGUUGAUAAAAACGAAAUUAUCGACAAUGCCCAGCAAAGUGGUUCUAGUCUGCAAAAUGUUGAUAAUUGGCCUAAUCAGAGCCAGGAAGAUUUUGACAUCCAGUUACAACAGCGUUUAGAAGCUCAGAGGCUUGAGCGAGAGCAAAGAGAGAAGGAUGCACCGCCAACAUUUAACUUUUACCGUGACACAAUUGAAUCCGGUUCGGAAAAGAAAAGGAAUAGAUCGCCAAGAAAAUCAGUACGGGACGACUCUGACGAAGAACAUGGCCUUGUUAUCAUGGAUGAACGAGAAGAUGAUAAUAAUAGUCAGAGAGAAUCUGGAAACGAGGACGUUGCCGUUCCUUCAAAUCUUCCCAAGAGGCAGAGGGAGCUGUUUUUACGAAUACAACACCAGGAGCAGCAGCGAGAAGCUGACGCUGCAGCUAAUUCAGACGAAAAAGACGAGGAUGAGAAAAGUGAGGACGAAGAGGGAAGUGCUCGUGCUGAAAAUUGGUAUUCCAGUGACGACGAAGCUGAAGAGCAAAGCUUGACAAACGUUUUGAAAAACUUGGAUAAGUCUGACGCUUCAAAAGUGAACACGAAGACUGCUGAUGCUCCUUAUGAUUUAUCAGGGAUCAACUUAAACGAUGACCUAACCAAGCUUCUGUCUUCUCUUAAGCCUAAAGAGAGUACCAACAGUGUGGAUAGUGAUUGGGAUCCGCAGAAUGCUAAACAUAACUACCAAGACUCAAUGGAUCCACGAGCGAGAGACCCUCGAGCAAGACAAGAGGCACCAAAACCCCAAGCUGCCUCCUCCAAAGAUGUGGACCUUCGAAUACCGCUACAAAAAUCAGAACCCCGAAUGCCUGUUUCCUGCGACACUGACCUACGCCAGACCUUGUUCGGUGACACAGACCUGCGAGACAUGCUUGAUCCUAAAAGCAUGCCCUUCAAACCACCCCCACUGCACCCUCCAUGUGAGGAAAUCGAAUGCUCAAUAACCCUGAACCCCAAUAUUAAAUAUGUGCUGAAAACCCUGCCCGUUGAAAAAAUUGAUUACUCGACGCUUCGGCUCAACUUCUCAAACCCUUCGUUGCGGCAGGACCCCCGACUGCAGAAAGUUAUUGCUGACUACGACUCCAACACCGCCUCUCCGAUGUCCCCACCGUCUGCUUCUGCAGAGCCAAGAAAUGACCCUCGUCAGAGGGUUCUGGCCUCUGACCCUCGUAGUAUGGCAAGGAGUCUACAACCGCAAGCAAUGCAAGUCCAACAACAACCGCCAAUGAUGCAGCAACAGCCUCCUUUGAUGGACAACUUGGCCUACAUGAUGCAGAUGUCUGUGGCAAACGGUCAAGGAAUCAUGGGCUCAGGGCCUCCGAUGAACGUCAUGCAAGGAAUGAUCCCACCUGGAAUGUCCAACACGCAGCACAACUUCCAACCUAACCCACAGCAUCACAACAAUUCCAGGGGUCGGGGCGGAAAAGGCUGGGGCCGCGGCAGGGGCAGAGGAAGAGGUUUCAGGAACAAUCGUGGUGGCUGGGGCAAGUUUCCCAGGGAUAGGGAUGACAGAGGGUCACCCUCAGACCGUACUCAUGAGUAUUCUCGUGACUCGGACAAUUGAAAAUUAUAAGCACUAUUCAAGUACGGAUAACAAAAAGUAAUGAAGUUGAUUAUUAUUUUAUGCUGAUCUACAUGACCCUUGCAAUUGUUCAAAUUAUUUAGAUAAUUGCUUAUUUAUAACUAUUAUCGUGCAUAAAUCACUUGGCAAGUCUGCAGACUGUUGGUUAUUAAUUUAUAUAGAUCAUCAGCAACUAUAGCGUAAUAUUUAUGAAAAUAAAUAUAAUAUUAUUAUAAUA